GUUCGAAGCUUGUAAACCCCUUAAACCUCUACCAACAUUUGCGUGUCUUUGCACUUAAACCCUACAACUUUAUCUUUUUUUUGUUCUUCUCCAGCAGACCAGCACAAUGUAUCGUGUAGCAUCUUCACUGAUCAGGUCUUCUGCUGCUAAACGACUGGUAAACAGUAGGGUAAUUGCGAGUAGGAAUUAUGUUGCCAAAGAUGUUAAUUUUGGUGUUGGAGCUCGAGCAGCAAUGCUGCAAGGAGUUAAUGAGAUUGCUGAAGCUGUCAAAGUCACUAUGGGACCUAAGGGUUGCAAUGUAAUCAUUGAAAGGAACCAUAAAGACCCUAAAGUCACAAAAGAUGGUGUUACGGUUGCCAAGAGCAUUAAGUUUCACGAUAGAGCUAAGAAUCUUGGUGCAGAACUCGUAAAACAGGUCGCGAAGGCUACAAAUACUGCUGCUGGAGAUGGAACAACGUGUGCUACUGUCUUGACUCAGGCAAUUUUAGUGGAAGGAUGCAAAUCCAUAGCUGCUGGUGUAAAUGCAAUGGAUCUGCGUACUGGGAUCAAUAUGGCAGUUGAUGCUGUGGUGUCCAACUUGAAAAGUAAAGCGGUGAUGAUAAGUACCCCAGAGGAAAUCACACAGGUGGCUACUAUAUCUGCUAAUGGUGAGCGUGAAAUUGGUGAAAUCGUUGCUAGGGCAAUGGAGAAAGUUGGAAAGGAAGGCGUUAUCACUGUUUCCGAUGGAAACACAUUGGAUAAUGAACUAGAGGUGGUGGAGGGCAUGAAAUUAGCCAGGGGUUAUAUUUCUCCUUAUUUUAUUACCCAUCAGAAGACCCAAAAAUGUGAACUUGAGAAUCCGUUGGUUCUAAUCCAUGAGAAGAAAAUAUCAGAUAUGGCGUCCCUUGUUAGAGUAUUGGAGUUGGCUCUUCAGAUGAAUAGACCUCUACUAAUAGUUGCCGAGGAUAUUGAGGGUGAUGCCCUAACCAUGUUAAUUCUCAACAAGCAUCAAGCUGGACUUAAGGUUUGUGCCAUUAAAGCUCCAGGAUUUGGAGAAAGCCGGAAAGCUAGCCUUGAUGAUCUAGCUGUAUUUACAGGAGGAGAGGUGAUCUCAGAAGAGUGUGGUUUGACUCUCGACAAGAUUCGACCGGAAAUGCUUGGUUGUGCGAAGAAGGUUACCAUUUCUAUGGAUGACACUAUUGUUUUAAAUGGAGGGGGAGACAAGAAGCUGAUAGAAGAGCGCUGCGAAGAGCUUAGAACUUCCAUGGAGAAUAGUACUUCAACAUUUGACAAAGAGAAGGCACAAGAAAGAUUAUCAAAGCUUUCUGGUGGUGUUGCUGUCUUCAAGGUUGGAGGUGUUAGCGAGGCUGAAGUUGGUGAGCGAAAGGAUAGGGUCAUAGAUGCUGUGAAUGCUACAAAAGCUGCUGUCGAGGAGGGUAUUGUGCCCGGUGGCGGCGCUGCUCUCCUCUAUGCUACAAAAGUUCUGGAGAACAUCCCGACUAAAAAUGAUGACCAGAAAAGAGGAGUUCAAAUAGUUCAGAAUGCUCUCAAGGCACCUACAUUUACCAUUUUGUCGAAUGCUGGUCAUGAUGCUCCGUUGAUAAUUGGCAAUUUGUUGGAAAAGAAUGAUGAAACUGUCGGUUUUGAUGCCUCUAAAGGCGAAUACGUGAACAUGGUAAAAGCAGGAAUCAUCGAUCCUGUUAAAGUUAUUAGAACAGCAUUGGUCGAUGCUGCAAGUGUUUCCUCUCUUCUGACCACAACGGAAGCUACUAUCAUCGACCAUCCCGAACAGAGCAGAGUCCCACAACGCGUGCCCGACAUGGAUCAAAUGGACUUGUGAUAAUUUGCUUCAGAAACUUUCUUGUAAUUUAGUCGAAACGUUGCUCUUCUUUGUAUUUCGAUCUUCAGACUUCGAGCACUGAAACAUUUUUUCCGGGAAUUUCUCAUCCAUUUAUUUGAGUUAAAUUGAAAGUGUAAAACACUGCACCAAGAGCUUCUUUAUAACGGUGGAAUGAGAUGAAAUCAAACCCAA